AUGUUACUUGUCAUACUGUUGGGCGCUGUCGUCAAUGGGGUGAUUCCCUUCGAACGCUCCAUUGCUGAAAUUAAUGAAAUGCACAACGUUCAUCAUCUACUCUACCAAGGCGACAUUUUGCUGACACCUGAGCAUGCGGAACAGAUUGCUAGAGCCACAAACGGAGGGGAUCGUGAGGAAGGACAACGCAUGAAACGUCAAGCCAGUGCAUUCAAGAAAAUGCCGUCAAAACUUUGGUUAGAAGGAGUGAACUACCACUUCGCAUCAAGCAUCAAGGAUAACAUUAGGAACGCAUUCGCUAAAGCAGCAAAGCUAUGGGAAAGCAACACCUGUAUCAAUUUCACAGAAAAUCCUUCAGCUAAAGCCCGAGUGAGGGUGUUUUCUGGACAAGGAUGUUAUUCCUAUGUAGGCAAACUCAAGGAACACGGCGAACAGCUGAUGUCUUUGGGAUACAAUUGCGCUACGUUAGACAUUGUUGCGCACGAAAUCGGUCACACUCUUGGAUUUAUUCAUACCCAUUCACGACACGACCGUGACAACUUUAUCAAAGUUAAGAAGGAAAAUAUUGCGUGGGACUGGCAAUACGCUUUCGAAAAAUCUAUGCCGGCAGAAAACGAUAACCUUGGAUUUCCGUACGAUUACGGUGACAUUAUGCAUUACCCCAAAGACACUGGAUCAAUCAACGGAGCGCCGACAAUAGAGCCGCAUGACGCGAUGUACACGCAGACUCUUGGGUCUCCAAUUAUUUCUUUCAACGAGUAUUCCAUGAUGAACGAACUCUACGGAUGCAAA